CUUCAUUCUUGAUCGGAAACUGUAGCUACAAUUUCGGACCCAAUGUGUCAUGAAAAAUGACGACUCUAAUGGAUAAAAUCAUAAUAAUGGGAUUAAAGGAUAAGCUUUCGUUGUCUUUUAAUCCGAUUUCAACUCUUUCACUAACCCAUUCAUAUUACAUAUAUUCACCAACUAUAACUUUUAUCUACUAAUUUAAGUACACAAUUCCACUUGAGUUUUACACAAUUCCAGUAAUGGCAAACGAAAAACCACCAGUUUGCGUCACUGGAGCCAACGGAUUCAUUGGUUCAUGGGUGGUUCAGACGCUCUUGGACCGUGGCUACACCAUCAUCCACGCCGCCAUCUUCCCCGGUUCCGAUCCUUCUCACCUCUACUCUCUCGCCGGCGCGUCUAACGCCGGAAUCCGCCUAUUGGUGUACGAAGUUAAUAUACUUGACGCCGACGCAGUUGCCAGAGCAAUUGAGGGAUGUGCCGGCGGGGGAGUUUUCCACGUGGCGUCGCCGUGUACGCUGGAGGACCCCGUGGACCCGCAGAAGGAGCUGGUGGAGCCGGCUGUACAGGGUACUAUCAACGUGCUCACGGCGGCGAAGAGGUUUAAUGUUCGGCGCGUGGUGCUCACUUCCUCAAUCUCCGCCAUCGUGCCUAAUCCUGGUUGGCCGGAAAAUAAGGUCUUCGAUGAGUCGUCAUGGACUGAUCUUGACUAUUGCACGUCUCGCCAGAAAUGGUACCCAGUCUCAAAGACACUUGCUGAGAAGGCUGCAUGGGAAUUUGCUGAGAAGAAUAGACUGGAUGUGGUAGCAAUUAAUCCAGCUACAUGUCUUGGCCAACUCUUGCAACCUGGACUGAAUGCAAGCUGCGCUGUUUUGCAACAGCUGCUUCAGGGAUCAACAGACACUCAAGAGUAUCAUUGGUUGGGGGCUGUGCACGUCAAAGAUGUGGCGAAGGCACAGAUUUUGUUGUUCGAGUCCCCUCAUGCUUCUGGAAGACACCUGUGUACCAAUGGCAUUUACCAGUUCGGUGAUUUUGCUGAAAGAGUCUCGAAACUUUACCCUGAAUUCCCUAUCCACAGGUUCGCAGGCGAAACCCAGCCAGGCUUGGUGGGUUGCGAAGAUGCUGCUAAAAGAUUGAUUGAUUUGGGACUAACUUUCACCCCAGUUGAAGAUGCUGUUCGGGACACAGUGGAUAGCCUUAAAGCCAAAGGCUUCCUCAAGCAACAGCAGAAUUAAUUAUCUUGAACCUACUUGCUUUUAGAAAUUCACAUGAUUCUUUUUUUUUUUUUUUGCUUAGAUGGAUUCAUAAUUACCAUUAAAUGAAUGAUUUCUAUCUGUUUUUUUGGGUAA